AAUUGUGAUUUAAACAAGUUGGUGGUCAUUGGAUUUGAGACAAUUAUUAAAAAAAAAAAGUAUCUAAAUAACUUUAUUGUGUAAAUAUUUUAAAGAGAGAUUAACAAAGAAAUUAGAAAGACUAAUUAAAUUGCAUUUAAUUAACAUCACUUCAUUCAUCAACCUUACCUUUGGUAUAUAUCAACAAAAUGCGUACAGUAUUAGCAUUAUUAUUGGCCGUUAUUGCCUUGGCCCAGGCCGUUACAUUGUCAGAUCUUUCCAGAGAAGAAUGGCAUACAUUUAAGUUGGAACAUCGUAAAAACUAUAUCAGCGAAGUGGAGGAACGUUUCCGCAUGAAGAUUUUCAAUGAAAAUCGUCACAAGAUUGCCAGACACAAUCAGCUGUUCGCUCAGGGCAAGAUAUCCUACAAGCUGGGCUUGAACAAAUAUGCCGAUAUGUUGCAUCAUGAAUUCAAAGAGACCAUGAAUGGUUUUAACUUUACCAUGCAUAAAUUAAUGCGUGCCCAAACUGGUUUGGUGGGUGCCACUUACAUUGAACCUGCUCUUGUUACUGUACCCAAAUCAGUGGAUUGGCGUGAACAUGGUGCCGUUACCGCUGUUAAAGAUCAAGGUCAUUGUGGUUCUUGCUGGGCCUUCUCCAGUACCGGUGCCUUGGAGGGUCAACAUUUCCGCAAGACUGGUGUUUUGGUGUCGUUGAGUGAACAAAAUUUGGUCGACUGCUCCACCAAGUAUGGCAACAAUGGCUGCAAUGGUGGUUUGAUGGACAAUGCCUUCCGUUAUGUUAAGGAUAAUGGUGGCAUUGAUACCGAAAAAUCGUAUCCCUAUGAAGGUAUCGACGAUUCUUGCCACUUCAACAAGGCCACCAUAGGUGCCACCGAUACCGGUUUUGUUGAUAUACCCGAGGGUAAUGAGGUUAAAAUGAUGAAAGCUGUUGCCACAAUGGGUCCCAUCUCGGUGGCCAUCGAUGCCUCCCACGAAUCAUUCCAAUUGUACAGCGAAGGUGUUUACAAUGAACCCGAAUGUGAUGCUCAAAACUUGGAUCAUGGUGUUUUGGUGGUGGGCUAUGGCACCGAUGAAAAAGGUCAAGACUACUGGCUGGUUAAGAACUCUUGGGGCAGCACCUGGGGCCAAGAUGGUUACAUUAAAAUGGCUCGUAAUAAAGACAACCAAUGUGGUAUUGCUACUGCCUCCAGUUACCCAACUGUUUAAAAGAAGUUAAUUAACUUUUUAUUUAAUACUUUCAUACUUUCAUAUUCAAUUAAUUAUCAGUUUGCCUUUUUAACUUUUUUUUUUCUUUUUAAUUGAAUUUUUAUUCUUUUCAUUUUAAAUACAUAUUAUCUAUUAGUUUUUAGUUAAACUCUUGAAUUACAAUUUGUUUUUUAUAUAUAGAGAAAUAUAAAAGCUUUACUUGGUUUAAAAAGACACUAAGAUUUUAAAAAAAGGCGAAUGUUUUUGUAUCUCACAUUUGUAAAGAACAUAUUAAAUAUUGGCUGUUAAUGCUGUUUUUAAUUAUAAUUUUUAGUUUUCUUUGUGAACUUUGUUUUAUGUGUAUGGUUUGUUGUAUAUGUAAAUUUUUAAAGAACGCAUUAUUCCAAAAAAAAAAACCAAGACUCCUCUUCUUAAAUUAUUCAGUAAAUAACAUCACUCACAUAAACUUAUGUUUAGUUUUAAUCUUUUGCCAGAGAUACAAAAAUUAAAUCACAAACCAAUACGAUGUCAUAUAAAAUAUUAUUUAAAUAAAAUUCUAAAAAAAAGAACAAUAAAAAUAUACAAAAAUAUUUAAGGAAA